UAGAACGUCUUCUAGCCGAUGAGCGAUGGCCAUCCACGUAGAUCUCCUUGUUCUAGAAUCAGAUCCUUGCUCGAUCUAGAGCGCGUCGCUUCCAGGAGAUUUUCGUCCUUCCGAGAUCUCUUAUUCCUUUAUUUUCUUCGUUCUAGGGUUUGAAAAUGUCGUGGAGGCGAUGGCGAUGGAGCAACGAUGGCGCUGGCGAUGCGCUACCCACGGCUCGCCAGGACGCUCCAGAUUCUCAAAUCCUCGACACACAGGAACAAGAAGCUCUAGUGGACUCUUUUGAGAAGCGAGACAAAUAUCAAAACGCGCUGUGGCGGGGGAUUUUUGCAGCCUUUGCAGCUACGUGUGCUUUAUUCUUCUUUUACUCGGCCCACCAACAGGCCGUAGAUCCAUGGAGCACUAAGUACCACGCUGUGUUCUCUGGGACAUUAAACUCACGUCAGAUCGUUUGUGGGGACUUGGCUGAAGCAAUGACCUGUAUUGCCAUUGUGGUGGGUGUCUUAUCGUCAGCAAAGUGGCAUCGGCAUUUGCUCGUGGCAUCGAUGAUGGCCGGUCUUUUCCUGUCAUUGUUUUGGAUUUCCAAUCUUCUAAGAUCGCAAAAGCUCCACUUCCAGUUCCAAAUGCUGUGGCUUCCUUUCGGUACACCGAGCCUCGCAGCCAUAUGCCUGUACGUGGACAACGUCCUCGCAGGAACAGCUAAGGAUAUUCAAGCUCUGCGCGCAUCCAUGUACCAUCAUAAAAGGAGUUAAAAAUCGACAGAAUCAUAACAACAUCAGCUUGCUGAUCAGUAAAUCGUCCACAACGUUAGGAAGUGCCAAACAUGUUCGUUGCCUCUAGUUACUUCUACCACUUCGGGCUUCAUUUAUCAGGUUUGAUUGGUAAGAGAGAUAGGUUGCGGUCAUGCUCACGUCUCGCCUUAUGAGGGGCUCUAAAAAAUUCCAUCAACAGUUCCAAUCCAAAGAACUUGCUUUGAAAAGGUACGCGACACGCCGUUUCCGGUAAAAUGCUUCAAUCAAUCAACGUAACACCAGCCAAAGCAUGAUGUGCGAUGAAAACCAGCAGGUUUUGUGCGGGUCAAAAACAGGAACGAAAGGCAACACUCCUGAGUACAGCGCUGUACUUUUGCAACCUCACUAUGUCAAGAUCUGUUCCACUUGGGCUGGCACCUGGCAGUAUGGCCCAAGAACAGGGGAGCACACAUAUAUGUGCAUGAAUGCAGCCAAAGUUGGCUGCAACUUAGCAAGCCCAAAAAGAAAAGCCAUCAUCAAAUUGGUUCAGUUCCAACUUCUGCAGGCCAAAAAGAAGAAUCACCUCACCAGGCAGACGGCCUGGUGCAAUGGCAGAAUAAAAAAAACAUAUCAAAUUAGAAGAGCAUGGGGAGAUGGGUACUCCUUUUUGGUACCCAGUCCA